CACCCGUAACCUGCGAGGCUCACAUUCGCGCUGAACUCUUCACUUUCAAAAAGAGCGCGACCGCGUUCACACGUACACGACUUACACUAGUGUUAUAUUUUGUUAUUCAUUUUACGUUAAUUUUGUUAGUGAUAGACACGAGUGCCUUAAACAUGACUGUGAAUAAAGUAGGUACGUCCACUACGAAAACGAAGAAAAAAAGUGCUUCCAGUACCACUGCCGCUAGCACGAGCAAAACCGCCACCACGAAAACUUCCAAAAUAGUCGGGGGUAGUUCCACGAAGACACAGACCGGUAAUCUGUCGAAAUCCUCGUCGUCCUCCAGCCUACAAAUCGCAGAUGUGUCGCAUUUACCAGUUAGUGGCAACGUAGUCACAUACGUUGUGACAGAAACCCUUCCUGCGGGAACGGGAGAGAAAAUCACCACCUAUGGAGAAGCUGGAGCCACGUCCACAGAGUACAGGCAUUAUAUAGCACAAGACUCAUCCUCUACUAAUAAACAUUCCACUGAUAUCCAACAAAUUAGUUCAGUUUUAAACCAGUCCACCGCCAACCUAAACCAGUCAACUUCCAAUCUGUCCCAAGUCUCGGGAUCCACCUACACAGUAACAGAACCCAUGGAGGAAAUAAAGCUAACCUACAAUAAAAACGACUCUGCGUGGAACGGCAAGUUCGUCUACGAGCAACCGCUUCAGAAAGGUAAGAAGACAAAAAAUCAAAUAGUUAAAAGCGAUGGCGGUACCACUGUGGAACAGUCCUCCACGUCUUCUUCACACCAAGAAAGUUCCUCCAAAGUCCAAAGCUCCUCUAGUAGCUAUGUCGUAGAAAUAGUAGAUGGUAAGGAGAGGAUAAUCGACAAAAAACAUCAUGAGUCUGCUCACGCAACUCAGUCCAGUAACGACGAGCACUUGGCUACUAAGAGUGGUACCAACAUCACCCCUGAGGUGCACUACACCCAAAAAGCUAGGGACAGCGAAACCAAGUACGAUUCCGCAGUGCCCGAAUUGCAGCAACCCAAGAGCAAAUCGUCAGAAGCGACAAGAGAAAUACACCAGGUAGGUGACCAAACUACUUCCUCUGUAAACAUUAGCCAUGACAAUGCCAUUAGUGAUAGUAGUAAGCAUUCCAUUAGAGAUAGAACGAAAAAUUUUAUAGACACAGAAAAGACAGAUACGAUUAAGAAACAAAUCGACACAACUAGUAGUGCUAAAACAGCCACCGACAGUACUGAAAAUGUCCAGACGACUUCUAAAAACCUCGGUGGUAGCUCGACCCUCACCACCACCACUACCUACUACGACUCCAAAGGUAACGUGAUAAAAACCGUCACUGACGUCGACACCCAACAAAUUCCAGGGUCUGAAAGUGAACAAACCAGCUCCAAAACAGCUACCAAGGAUGCUGUAGAUAAAAGAAGAACUCACGUCGUAAGUGACAGUACUGUUAUAGACGACUCCACUACUACUUACGUCGACGAAAACUACGUGGACUCAUCGAAAAUUCGCUCUCAGCAGACAACGACGGAUUCAAAGGAUUUUUACGGCCACUCCGUAGAUUCCAGGAACACGGCGGUAAAGAACGUAUACGACACUUCGGCUGUACAGAAUACUAUAGGCACCAAAGGAAGAGUAAUAAAAGAUAACACUAUUGACUCGACUGAUAUUAUUUAUUCGAACGACCGUAACUACGGAAAGACAGGUUGGAAUGGUAGUUUUACCUACGAGACUCCACAAAAACCCAAAAGAGAGGGGCCCGUGACCUCUACCCCACAACGACCAGGUUCUCCAGAAAGAAAACCCAAGGGACGCUCCGAUUCUCCUUCAAAAAGAACCUUAACGGAUUCAAAAAACUUGUAUGGCUCGGAUAACACUACAACUGAACACAACACAACUACCACUUACUACGUGGAUGAAAGUUAUGUCGAUACCAGUAAGAUCCGUAACGCCCCUGAAAGAAAGUCGUCACCCUCAAGAAAACCCGAGAAAAAAUCUUCAGACGAACUACCGGCAGCUGGAAUACCUUCAAAAAAAUAUACACCCGGAGGCCAAAAGAGCCCAGAAGAUAAGAAAUCACGCAAAUCCGAAUCUCCGUCAAGGAGAAAGGAAAAAAUAUCACCUGAUGAUCUUCCACCAGCCGGUAUGCCUUCGAAAAAAGACGAAUGGGGUAAAAAAAUUCCAGAUAAAUCCCCUCAAGAACCUCCAAAGAAAGAUAGAAAACAUCCGGAAGAGUUACCUGUGGCGGGAAAGCCAUCUAGAAAGCCAACUAAACAAACUCAAGAUUUUUUAACAACAGAAACCUCUGAAAAUGUAAAACAAUUCACUGACAUUAAUAGGAGGCAACCUAUUGACUUUCAAACCAGUAGCACAUCUGUAGAACACUACGAGACUACAGACGACCGCAGUGAUUCAAAAACAACUAUAAUAAGAGAUUCCAAAACUUCUGUGGACUCGAAAGUCUUUUCCGAUAGUACAAAUGUCACCGAGUACUAUACCAUAAUCGAUGGCAAAAAAGUUCCAGUUGGACCAGGAGGUCCACAAAAAUUGAGAGGACCAAACUACUCUUCCGACGCCACAACUGACUAUUAUGAAUCCGUUACCGAUAUCAAAGAUUCAAAGACCAAUAUUAUUAGAGACUCGAAAACUUUUGUCGAUAACACAAACAUAACUGAAAGUUACACGAUUGUUGAUGGACAAAGGGUUCCUCUAAAACCUGGAGAGAAAAGACCAAUUGAAGACAAACCCAGGAGGUCUGAGAAAGUGCAUCCAGACGAGUUACCAGCAGCUGGAAUGCCAUCCAGAAAAGAUAAGAAGCCUCAGAAACCCAAUCAGCUGCAACCUAAAGAUAAACAGCUCCCUAUGGACUCUUCAACAACUGAUUAUUAUGAAAGCGUAACAGAUAUACAGGAUUCCAAAGUCAAUAUUGUAAGAGAUUCGAAAACUCUUCAAAACACAACUAAUAUUAUAGAAGAAUACAUUAUAGUUAAUGGCGAAAGAGUACCUCUUGGACCUGGUAGUAGAAGACCAAUCGAAGACAAGCCCAGGAAACCUGAAAGAUUACAUCCAGACGAGUUACCUGCUGCUGGAAUGCCUUCAAAAAAAGACAAGAAGCCUCAAAAACCAGAACACGAUCAACCAAAAGGCAAGAAGUAUCCCUCCGACAUUUCAACAACAGAAUAUUAUGAAAACGUUACAGAUGUACGUGAUUCCAAAGUAAAUAUAGUAAGAGAUUCAAAAACUUUUCAAGAUACAACUAAUAUUAUAGAAGAAUACACUAUAGUUAACGGCGAAAGAGUACCUCUUGGACCUGGUAACAAAAGACCAAUCGAAGAUAUGCCCAGGAAACCUGAGAGAUUGCAUCCAGACGAGUUACCGGCUGCUGGAAUGCCUUCAAAAAAAGACAAGAAGCCUCAAAAAACAGAACAAGAUCAACCAAGAAACAAGAAGUAUCCCUCCGACAUUUCAACAACAGAAUAUUAUGAAAACGUGACAGAUGUACGCGAUUCCAAGGUGAAUAUUGUAAGAGAUUCAAAAACGUUUAAGGAUACAACUAAUAUUAUAGAAGAAUACACUAUAGUUAACGGCGAAAGAGUACCACUUGGACCUGGUGGCAGGAGGCCGAUUGAAGACCAGCCCAGCAAACCCGAAAGGGUGUAUCCAGACGAGUUACCAGCAGCUGGAAUGCCUUCAAGGAAAGAUAAGAAACCUCGAAAACCAGAACAAGAUCAACCAAGAAACCAGAAGUAUCCUUCCGGCACUUCGACAACAGAACAUUAUGAAAACGUGACAGAUGUACGUGAUUCCAAAGUCAAUAUUAUAAGAGAUUCAAAAACCUUUAAGGAUACCACUAAUAUUAUAGAAGAAUACACUAUAGUUAACGGCGAAAGAGUACCACUUGGACCUGGUAGCAGAAGGCCGAUUGAAGACAAGCCCAGGAAAUCUGAGAGAAUCCAUCCAGACGAGUUACCAGCAGCUGGAAUGCCUUCAAGAAAAGACACGAAGCCCCAAAAGCCAGAACAAGAUCAACCAAGAGAUAAGAAGUUUCCCUCCGACAUUUCAACAACAGAAUAUUAUGAAACCGUGACAGAUGUACGUGAUUCCAAAGUGAAUAUUGUAAGAGAUUCAAAAACGUUUAAGGAUACAACUAAUAUUAUAGAAGAAUACACUAUAGUUAACGGCGAAAGAGUACCACUUGGACCUGGUGGCAGAAGGCCGAUUGAAGACAAGCCCAGGAAACCUGAAAGAAUCCAUCCAGAUGAGUUACCAGCAGCUGGAAUGCCUUCAAGAAAAGACACGAAGCCCCAAAAGCCAGAACAAGAUCAACCAAGAGAUAAGAUGUUUCCCUCAGACAUUUCAACAACAGAAUAUUAUGAAACCGUGACAGAUGUACGUGAUUCCAAAGUCAAUAUUGUAAGAGAUUCAAAAACGUUUAAGGAUACAACUAAUAUUAUAGAAGAAUAUACUAUAGUUAACGGCGAAAGAGUACCACUUGGACCUGGUGGCAGAAGGCCGAUUGAAGACAAGCCCAGGAAACCCGAGAGAAUCCAUCCAGAUGAGUUACCAGCAGCUGGAAUGCCUUCAAGGAAAGAUAGGAAGCCUCAAAAACCAGAACAAGAUCAACCAAGAGACAAAAAGUAUCCUUCUGACACUUCAACAACAGAAUAUUUAGAAAACGUAACAGAUAUACGGGAUUCCAAAGUCAAAAUUGUAAGAGAUUCGAAAACAUUAGUCGAUACCACCAAUAUCGUUGAAGAGUUCACAGUAAUUGACGGCAGGAAGGUACCUGUAACAAUCAAAGACAAAAAAUCUCCAAGUGAUACGUCAGGUCCUAAAAAACCCGAAAAGAAAUCGCCAGAUGAAUUGCCAGCAGCAGGUAUGCCGUCUAAAAAGGAAAAGAAGGUCCCAGACGAUAAAAAACCUACUAAAAGAGGCGAGUCUCCAACCAAAAAGAGGAAAGGUCCUGAAGACUACCCCGCGGCUGGCAAACCUUCCAGAACCGACUCCCCUUCACGAAAAAAACCCACAGACGAUAAAAUUGUCCCUGCCAAAGGCCCCAGGUCUCCUGUAACAGAUUCUAAGACAGUAGUCGAGAGUUACGAAUCCGUAACUAAUAUAUCCGAUUCUAAAACAACUGUUAUAAAAGACUCCCAGACGUUUGUCGACAGCCAGAGGUCUGUAGAACAUUACACCACGACUGACAGCUAUGAUAGCACGAAACCUAAAGGUCCAAAAAGUGCCAAACCGAUCGAAGACAAGCCAGGCAGAAGGGGUCCUUUGGACAAAUAUCCCAAGAAACCGGGAGGUCCUAGGGACGGGAAACCGACCGAUUUAAUACCCACAGAUGUAACGUCCGUGGAAAAUUAUGAAGUCAUCAACAAUGUCACCGAUGUAAAAUCCAGCGUAAUCGACAAGAAAACCGUCAUAGAAGAUUACACUACUGACAUCAGAGAUACAAAAAUUGUUGAUACAGUCGAUAGAGUCAACAAGACCUUCAUAAAAGAAGACAUCAUUGAUAUUAAGGAUAUUAAUGAAGUGGAGAAUAUUACCAACAUCAAAAGAGUGUCUGACAACAAGGUAAUUAAAAUAGAGAAAAUCAUUAAGGAAAUUGAACCCGAAAAACCUCAUUACAAGCCGCCACUCAAGGAACAAUGCAUCUGCGAGCUUUGCACUUGUGGACGCCAUACGUGUCCACACAAUCCAGAUGACUACAACGACCACCUCCACCCUGAAGGACCCUUCUUAGGCAAACCCAAGGACGAAUACUGCGCCACCAGGGGCGAAAGGUUCCCCAUCAAAAAACCAGAAGACCACCUCAAGCUCGAGGGAGAUUUCGAAAAACCCAAACCGGAAGAGUGGAAGCCUGGCGAGAGAGCUCCCGUCAAGAAGCCCCAGGACAACCUUCGACUAGAAGGCGAUUUUGAGAAGCGCACUCCAGAGAAAUGGCAACCCGGGGAUCGUCCGCAACCGAAAAAACCUCAGGAUAAUUUACGUAACGAAGGUGAUUUCGAGAGACCCGAGAAACCUGAUUAUCGUCCUGCAGAGAGACCCACUCCCAAACGUCCCGAAGAUAACCUCAAACUAGAGGGAGACUUCGAAAGGCACACUCCAGAGAAGUGGAGACCGGGCGACAGGCCUGAAGUGAAGAAGCCCCAGGACAAUCUACGUAACGAAGGCGACUUCGAACGGCCAGAGAAACCAGAGUUUAAACCCGCCGAAAGGCCAAAGCCGAAGAAACCAGAAGACAACUUGAAACCAGAGGGAGAUUUCGCAAAGCGCACUCCGGAGAAAUGGAGGCCGGGCGACAGACCCGAAGUGAAGAAACCCCAGGAUAAUCUACGUAACGAAGGCGACUUUGAACGACCAGAGAAACCAGAGUUUAAACCCGCCGAAAGGCCAAAGCCGAAGAAACCAGAAGACAACUUGAAACCAGAGGGAGAUUUCGCAAAGCGCACUCCAGAGAAAUGGAGACCGGGCGACAGGCCUGAGGUGAAAAAACCUCAGGACAAUCUACGUAACGAAGGUGAUUUCGAAAUACCAGAGCCGGAAAAAUGGACCCCAGCGGAGAGGCCUAAGCAGAAGAGACCAAAAGAUAAUCUUAAACAAGAGGGUGACUUUGAAAGACCAGAGAAACCUGAAUAUAAGCCGGCCGAGCGUCCUGUCGCCAAAAAACCCCAAGACAAUUUGAAACCUGAAGGCGACUUCACCGGAACCAGAACUAUCAUUGAUGAUUAUCGGGUCAUCCGUGGUGACAGAGCUGAAAUCAAGCGCCAUGAGGACAACAUUGUUUUGGAAGGAGAAUUUACAGAUAUAACCACAAAUAAAGUUGACUUCACUGGCGAAUUAGUCCACAGACCCACUCCCAUACGACGCAAUACCUGGACUAAAGUCGAGGGCGAUUUCAUAGAUGACACGACAACCAGAUCUGAAUUCAUCGACUACAGCACCACAGUAGAACGCACAGUCGUAAAAAAACGUCAAGACAACCUCAACGUAGAAGGGGACAUGACCUUCGACACUUCUAACACGGUCGAGUACACCGAAAAAACCCCGAAGGUAGAGCGGCGCCGAAGAACGUGGACCAAGGAUGACAUCGAUAAAUUCUAUUCCACACAAGACACGGAAGUUACCACUACCACUCAAGAUGUGUACAAGAACUUCGACACAACCGACUAUCGUCAAACGGUUGUUAUUCAUAGAGACAAUUUAAAACAGGAAGGUCCUUUUGAAGGUACACCUAAAUCAAGGGAGGACUUCGUGCCCAAACUUACCGAACGGCCUACUCCGUCGAAACCAAAAGACAAUUUGAAACUUGAGGGAGAAUUCCCAAAACGUACUCCGGAGAAGUUCGUUCCAGCUGAACGACCUAAACAGAAGAAACCGGAAGAUAAUCUCAAGCAAGACGGAGAUUUCGAACGGCCCGAGAAACCGAGUUACAAACCCGCUGAACGACCUCGACCGAUAAAGCCCGACGACAACCUUCGACUCGACGGAGACUUUGAGCGACCAGAAAAACCAGAAUGGUCCCCGGCUGAGAGACCCAAACAAAAACGUCCAGAGGAUAAUCUUAGAAAUGAUGGGGACUUUGAGAGACCAGAAAAGCCCAAAUAUAGACCAGGCGAACGACCCGUCCCUAUAAAACCUGAAGAUAACUUAAAACUUGAGGGAGAUUUCCCAAAACGUACUACUGAGAAGUUUGUUCCCGCUGAACGACCUAAGCAGAAGAAACCGGAGGAUAACCUCAAACAAGACGGUGAUUUCGAACGACCGGAAAAACCGAAAUACAAGCCUGCUGAACGACCUGUUCUUAAAAAGCCCGAGGACAACUUAAAACUUGAGGGAGAAUUCCCGAAACGUACUACGGAGAAGUUUGUUCCAGCUGAACGACCCAAGCAAAAGAAGCCGGAAGACAACCUCAAGCAAGACGGCGACUUCGAACGACCGGUAAAACCGAAAUACAAGCCUGCUGAGCGACCUCAACCAAUAAAGCCUGACGACAACCUUCGACUCGACGGGGACUUUGAACGACCAGAAAAACCAGAAUGGUCCCCGGCCGAGAGACCCAAACAAAAACGUCCAGAGGAUAAUCUUAAAAAUGAUGGUGACUUUGAGAGACCAGAAAAGCCCAAGUAUAGACCCGGUGAACGACCUGUUCCUAUAAAACCUGAAGAUAACUUAAAACUUGAGGGAGAUUUCCCGAAACGUACUCAGGAGAAGUUUGUUCCAGCUGAGCGACCUAAACAGAAGAAGCCGGAAGACAACCUCAAGCAAGACGGUGACUUCGAACGACCGGAAAAACCGAAAUACAAGCCUGCUGAACGACCUCAACCAAUAAAACCUGACGACAAUCUUCGACUCGACGGAGACUUUGAGCGACCAGAAAAACCAGAAUGGUCCCCUGCCGAAAGACCCAAACAAAAACGUCCAGAAGAUAAUCUUAAAAAUGAUGGCGACUUUGAGAGACCAGAAAAGCCCAAGUAUAGACCCGGCGAACGACCUGUUCCUAUAAAACCUGAAGAUAACUUAAAACUUGAGGGAGAUUUCCCGAAACGUACUCAGGAGAAGUUUGUUCCAGCUGAGCGACCUAAGCAAAAGAAGCCGGAAGACAACCUCAAGCAGGACGGUGACUUCGAACGACCGGAAAAACCGAAAUACAAGCCUGCUGAGCGACCUCAACCAAUAAAGCCUGACGACAACCUUCGACUCGACGGAGACUUUGAACGACCAGAAAAACCAGAAUGGUCCCCGGCGGAGAGACCCAAACAAAAACGUCCAGAGGAUAAUCUUAAAAAUGAUGGUGACUUUGAGAGACCAGAAAAGCCCAAGUAUAGACCCGGCGAACGACCUGUUCCUAUAAAACCUGAAGAUAACUUAAAACUUGAGGGAGAUUUCCCUAAACGUACUACUGAGAAGUUUGUUCCAGCUGAGCGACCUAAGCAGAAGAAGCCGGAGGACAAUCUCAAGCAAGACGGUGAUUUCGAACGGCCUGAGAAACCGCGCUACAAGCCCACUGAACGACCUCAACCAAUAAAGCCUGACGACAACCUUCGACUCGAUGGAGAUUUUGAGCGACCAGAAAAACCAGAAUGGUCCCCGGCGGAGAGACCCAAACAAAAACGUCCAGAGGAUAAUCUUAGAAAUGAUGGCGAUUUUGAGAGACCAGAAAAGCCCAAAUAUAGACCAGGCGAACGACCCGUUCCUAUAAAACCUGAAGAUAACUUAAAACUUGAGGGAGAUUUCCCGAAACGUACUACGGAGAAGUUCGUUCCAGCUGAACGACCUAAGCAGAAGAAGCCGGAAGACAACCUCAAGCAGGAUGGUGAUUUCGAACGGCCGGAAAAACCGCGCUACAAGCCCGCUGAACGGCCUCAACCAAUAAAACCUGACGACAAUCUUCGACUCGACGGAGACUUUGAGCGACCAGAAAAAUCAGAAUGGUCCCCGGCCGAGAGACCCAAACAAAAACGUCCAGAGGAUAAUCUUAGAAAUGAUGGCGACUUUGAGAGACCAGAAAAACCCAAAUAUAGACCAGGCGAACGACCUGUUCCUAUAAAACCUGAAGAUAACCUUCGUCUUGAAGGAGAUAUUGCGGUGCCUGACAAACCGGUAUACCAACAUACUGAAAGGCCUAAACAAAAGAAACCUCAGGACAAUCUUAAAUCUGAAGGGGAAUUUGAAAGACCCGAAAUCAAAGAAGUUGGUCCCGCAGAAAUUAGAAAACCUAUUAAACAUGUUGACAAUCUCAAACAGGAGGGUACGAUGGAAAUUACCAGAAAGGACGAUUACAAUGUUGUUCGAGGAGAAAGAGUGGACAUCAUCAAACGGGAAGAUAAUCUCAAAAUGGAAGGAGAAUGGGACAUCCGUCGCAGAGACGAUUUUACUAAAAAGACCAUUAUAGAUCGCGCCGAAAUUAUCAAGCACGAAGAUAGUUUGAAAAUGGAAGGCGAAUGGGAUAUUCGUCGUAGAGAAGAUUUCAAUAAAACUACGGUGGUCGACAGGGCUCAAGUCAUCAAACACGAAGAUAACUUGAGAUUAGAAGGGGAAUUUAACGACGCCCGUUCAAGGGACGAUUAUACUGUGGUGAGAGGAGAAAGAUGUGACGUUAUCAGGCGAGAAGAUAACCUGAAACUAGAAGGGGAAUUUAACGAGUACAGAAAACGUGACGACUUCACCACUCGUACUGAAAGAACUGAAAUCAUCCGUCACGAGGAUACUUUGAGGCUUGAGGGUGAUUUCGAAAGACCAACUCCAACUAAGGUUUCGCCCGCAGAAAGGCGUCGGCCUAUUAAACCUGACGACAACUUAUAUCAAGAGGGAGAAUUCGAAAGGCCCGAAAAACCAAAAUACCGCCCAGGUGAACGUCCUACUCCAAAGAAACCCCAGGAUAAUCUUAAACAGGAGGGCGAUUUUGAGCGCCCGACUCCUUCGAAAGUAGGUCCUGGGGAAAGGAGAACCCCUAUUAGACAGCAGGAUAACUUACGUCUUGAAGGGGAAGUUGAAGUUCCAGAGAAACCAGGUUAUCGCCCUGGCGAGCGUCCCACGCCUAAGAAGCCCAAAGACAACCUAUAUCUGGAAGGUGGUGUCGACGUUCCAGACAAACCAGGCUACCGGCCUGGAGAACGUCCUACACCGAAAAAGCCAAAAGAUAACUUAUACCUAGAAGGCGACUUCGAAAGACCUUCGCCGACAAAAGUUGGGCCUGGAGAACGUAGAACUCCUAUCCGUCAACAUGAUAACUUAAAAUCAGAGGGAGACUUCGAAACUCCUGUGAAGCCUAAGUACGGACCGGGAGAAAGGGCAGAUAUCAUCAAGCAUCCAGACAAUCUGAAAUCCGAGGGCGAUUUCAUAGGUACGCCUAAGAACAGAGAAGAUUUCAAACCGACUAGAGGAGAAAGAGCCCCCAUUAGGAAACCCCAGGACAAUCUCAAACUUCCCGGCGGGGAAUUCCAGGAUACGACGGUCGCAAAAUCUCAGUACACUGUGGUUAGAGGUGAAAGGGCUGAAAUUAAAAAGCACGAAGACCAUCUUACACUCGGCAGCGGCAAAAUGGAAUGCAUCACUACGACGAAAGAAACCUUCGAAAAUACACCUAAAAGGGAAUCUCCAAUUGGACCGGCCGGUAGGCAAAUUGUCAAUAAUCGUCGUCACAUGGAAUCUCAUAUAAGUCUUGGCAACGACGUCACCAAAAUGGAGACCACGAAUCAAUCAAAUUACAAUACAUACACGCGAAAGGUCGACCGCAGAACUGUCACCGACAACAAACAAGUUAAUGUUGUCGACAGACGAACCACCAAUGUCACUGACAAAACUAUUAAAAUUGUUGAUAAAGGAACAGAUGUUACAGACAAAAGAGAUAUUUCAAGGACGGGAAAGACCUCUACCGACGUAUCCACGGACACCAAAACACUUGCAGACGGCACAAUCGUUACUACUACCCGUAAAACCACAAGUACUUCUGGAGUACAACAGCAGGUGAAUCAUGUCGGACAGAACGGCCUAGAAGUUGACCAGCGUGUACAUCGUGAAGUAGUCACUGGUGCCAACGAAAUUAGAAAAUCAUCCUCACAAACUCACGUCCGCAAAGUCGUAGAGAACCGCAACGUAACGAACGUCAAUAAUAUAAUCCAUUCUUCGAGUACUACCAACGUUUCCAACAAACAGCACACGGAGAAGAACGUGAACGUCUCUCAAGCUACUCACCACAAGAGAAACGUGAUAAGUUCGGAGGAGAUCAACAAUCAAAUUUUACACAGGAAGGGAAUUCACACGUCCACAGAAGCUUUACAUGCGACGAGCUCAUCUGCCUUGGAUAUGAGGAAGUCUGUUUGCAACCUCCACGACCAGGGUCGAACCGUAGUCAACACCGAAAGACACAGCUUGAGCUCCAUGCACCGUUCAAAUCAAGAAUCGAACGCUACGAAUAGACGUAGCCAGCAGACUGUCUACCAGACUGUGGAGAGACCACAAAAAAUCGUCAGAAAAGAUAAUCUCUCAGUCGGCGGCCACUUCUACGGACAAUCGGAAGCAAAAUCUUAUGGCGAAUUCACCAAGCAGCAGAAUAUUCAGAGGGUUGAGAGGGUGAACAGAAGGUCGAACGUCUCAAAUAUCACUUUAGGUGAUAGCAAUGUCCACGUAGUUACUUCGUACAAGAAAGAGUAUUCUCCCAGGAACAUCGGUCCUUGUCCCGCGGUAUUGGUCGACAAACCCACGGGUCCUUUCAAACACACCAGAGACACGAAAUCUCACAAAUUUUAUAUGCCCGUAGUGUCCAAGUAGACGCCAUAUCGACCAUUCCAUUAAAAACGUAUCAUUCUUUAGACUGUCAAUAAUAUUCUAACAUUGUGAUAUUCUGAUACUGUUAUUAAUUAUUAUUAAUUGAAUAUUUUUUUUAUAGAGGUAGAGGUAACAAACUGCAAUAAACACAUUUACAAUAUCAUAAUAUCAUUGUAUCCGGCUUAGGGUAUGGGUUUUAUAUCAUCUUGCUUGGGACGUUUACUUCAAAUUUGGUAGAUUAUUUUUGUACACCUGUCAAAAGCUUGCCGCUUGUAUACCUAAUAUAUAUAAAACCCAAUAAACUUAUAAUUUAAUAUUUUAUUUUGUUUAUUUACUUUUGUUCCGUUUCUUUGUUAGUUACCGCACGGCAAUAAUAAGGAAGUUUUAUAGAGUAUUCUUUGUUAUCUCCAAUCUACCUUUAUGUUCGUAAAGAUGUCGUUUUGGAGAAAAGUCCUUUAUUUUGGGAAUGACACCAUCAAAUAAGGGAACUUAUAUGUGUGCGGUGUAAACCGAAUAUGUAAAUACAAGUAUUUAAAUUUAAUAAAUUAUUAUUUUGUA